CACAAAAUGCACCCACCCAUCAAAAUUCAAACAAUUUUACUGUUCAUCCUCACCACCGUCCAUUGUUCCGCCAAACGGUUACCGCAAAUCUACUGGAACUCUACAAAUCCCCUAGUGGAACGAUAUGCUGCAAUUGGAGACACCCUUGACAUAGUUUGCCCGUUUUUCGAUGAAAACUCUGAUGAGCUCACUGAGCAAUCGAUUAUCUAUAGAGUGACUGAAGAGGAAUAUGAGAACUGUGAACGGAGGUCGAAGGCAAAGGAACUGGGAAGAUGUACACAGCCGUAUCAGGAGGAGAAGCUUAAAGUGGCGUUUAGGCUUAUGAGCCCGAAUCCGUCGGGACUGGAUUAUCGGCCUGGAGUCACUUAUUAUUUUAUUUCUACCUCAACCGGCUCCCGAAAGGGUCUCUACAACGAGCAAGGCGGUCUUUGUGCGUCCCACAAUCUGAAAAUGGUAAUCCACAUAACUGACCGUAAUGGAGACAUCGGACCACACCAUCACCGCCACCAUCACAAGAAGACCACUACUACCACCACAACGAGUACUUCCACAAGCACCCCGAAGACCAUUCCGCCGGUCGUCGAGAUGGACAGCUCGGCGGAAAAGCUGUGGGAGCAGUUUUACGAGAAAGUGAUGCCUAUUGAUAACACAUGGCCGGAGAUUACACGUGGCGAGCGGGUUACGUUGUAUCAGGGGAAUAAGAAGGAUGAAUACGAGCAGGUUCCAGCGGAAGUUGUCGAUUUUGAGAUUCAUGAGAUUGGAGAUGUAGAAUCUCUGUACUCAUCAUCUGGACGGCUCCGAUAUGUGCUCCUACUGCCGGCUCUCCUGCUGCUCCGGAUCUUCUAGUCUACCACAGAAGUUCUUCCUUACCUUCAACCUCCUGAAAUCCCGGGUGCCAUCAUUCCCAUCAUCACACAUUUUCCCACCGUUGACGGGUUCCCAUUUUAUUCCCAAAUUGUGCUCAAUUUUGUAUAUUGCUCCCCUCCAAGUUUUUGAUAAUUUUCUCUUGAUACCGGUAUCUAGAACAUGAGCUGAAUAUUAGUUUUCUGUGAUUUUUUCAAUCAAAUAAAUGGUUAAACUUUU